UCUUGCCAAAUAUUUAGCCUAAUUUGAACCAUUCUGAGUUUACUAAUUCCACCUCAAACCACCACUAGGCUCUGAGUACAACCAGAGGAAUGCCCUCCACCUGCCAGCUUUCUGACUGCUCAGUUCACUUCAGCUGGAAAUCCUGGAUGGUUGCGGUUGAGCCUGUUCAGGUGAAUGAGAGCUCACAAUGGCAUUUGCUGGGAAAUAUCAGCUUGAGUCUCAUGACAACUUUGAGGCGUUUAUGAAAGCUGUUGGUUUAUCUGAUGAGCUCAUCCAGAAGGGAAAAGACCUCAAGAGCAUCUCGGAGAUCGAGCAGAAUGGAGACGACUUUAAGGUCACAGUUACUACAGGCAGUAAAGUCAUAGUAAACUGUUUCACUGUGGGGCAGGAGUGCGAACUGGAGACUCUCACUGGAGAAAAGGCCAAGGCUACAGUACACAUGGAUGGGAACAGGCUGACUACCUCAGUGAAGGGGAUUAACUCUCUUACUGAGAUUGAUGGGGACACUAUUGUCAAUACUAUGACACUGGACGGCAUUGUGUAUAAGCGGAUCAGCAAGCGGAUCUCCUGAUGUGACCCUGAAUAACUGGAAAAUAAACUAUCCAUCCAUUUUCUUUACAAUC